UUUCCGGGAGAAAGCCGGGAAGAUGGCGGCCUCCUGGAGGCUUCGCUGUGACCUGCCGCUGCUACGUUACCUCCUGGGCUUCGGCAGCCGUCAAAGCCUGGGGCUGGCCAAGGGUGCUGCUGCGUGGCCUGUCGGCCGUGGAGCCAGCUGGAGGUGGUUUCACGGCACUCAGCUGCUGCAGGCGGAUCCUAUUAAGAUCCUAAUGCCAUCUCUGUCUCCUACAAUGGAACAAGGGAACAUUGUGAAAUGGCUGAAAAAGGAAGGUGAAGCUGUGAGUGCUGGAGACUCAUUAUGUGAAAUUGAGACAGACAAAGCCGUGGUCACCUUAGAUGCAAGCGACGAUGGCAUCUUGGCCAAAAUAGUGGUUGAAGAAGGAGCUAAAAAUAUACAGCUGGGUUCACUCAUUGGUUUGAUGGUUGAAGAAGGGGAAGAUUGGAAACGCGUGGAAAUUCCCAAAGAUGUCGGUGCUCCACCUCCAGUUCCCAAACCAGCAGUGCCUCCUCAGCCUUCUGCACAACCGCAGACUCCUAGCCCUGCCAGGAAGGAGCACACAGUAGGGACACCACAAGUCCGCAUAAGUCCGGCUGCCCGAAACAUUCUGGAAAAACAUUCAUUGGAUGCCAGCCAGGGCACAGCCACGGGCCCUCGAGGAGUCUUCACUAAAGAAGAUGCGCUCAAGUUAGUCGAGCUGAAACAGAUGGGCAAGAUUACCGAAUCCCGACCAGCCCCAACUCCUCUGUCUACUCUUGCAGCAUCUGUCCCUCCCCAGGCCACAGCUGGGCCAUCUUACCCUCGGCCAAUGAUCCCACCAGUAUCUGUCCCGGGGCAACCUAAUGCAGCGGGCACAUUCACUGAAAUUCCUGCCAGCAAUAUUCGAAGAGUCAUUGCCAAGAGGCUAACUGAAUCAAAAAGUACUGUGCCUCAUGCCUACGCCACUGCUGACUGUGACCUCGGAGCAGUUCUAAAAGUUAGAAAAGAUCUGGUCAAAGAUGACAUUAAAGUCUCAGUGAAUGACUUUAUUAUCAGAGCAGCAGCUGUUACUCUUAAACAAAUGCCAGGGGUUAAUGUCAGCUGGGAUGGAGAAGGCCCAAAGCAGCUGCCCUCCGUUGACAUUUCAGUGGCUGUGGCAACAGAUAAAGGUUUAAUUACUCCAAUCAUAAAAGAUGCAGCUUCUAAGGGCAUACAGGAGAUCGCUGACUCUGUAAAGGUUCUGUCAAAAAAAGCAAGAGAUGGAAAAUUGUUGCCUGAGGAGUACCAAGGAGGAUCUUUUAGUAUUUCCAACUUGGGCAUGUUUGGCAUCGAUGAAUUCACCGCAGUGAUCAACCCGCCUCAGGCCUGUAUUUUGGCAGUUGGGAGAUUUCGCCCAGUACUGAAGCUUAGUGAGGAUGAAGAGGGGAACCCCCAACUGCGGCAGCACCAGCUUAUAACUGUCACAAUGUCAAGUGACAGCCGAGUGGUGGAUGACGAACUAGCCACCAGGUUUCUUGAAAGCUUCAAAGCAAACCUAGAGAAUCCCAUGCGGCUUGCAUAGCCUUCAGAGGCCAGCCGCCCACUGACUAGUUGGGAGGCAGAGACAUGAUUGGGUGUUAAGUAUGGAAUAGAUGAAAUGCUUAUUUAUUUAAGGCGAAAGCCUUUGGCCUGAGCUGGCUUCCUUUUCCCAUUAUUUUCAUUGUAGAAAUGUUUGAUGAUAAAUUGUAACUAAUAAAGACUGUUUAGUCAGAUGCAUUUUAACCUCUGGUGCUGUGCAGAAGGGUAUUAAACUGAUGUAAGCCACAUCCAUGUUUGGUUCAUUUGAAAUUUGGGGAUACUUGUAAAUAUAUGAUAUUGUAAAACUUAAAAAAAAUCUUAGAACUCUCCCUUAAUCGUGUUGAAAUCACAACUGGGCUUCAAAGAGAUGUCUGUCGAUAUUGGGACCUCUCUCUCUUUUUUUUUUUUUUUUAAUAAGCAGUGCUCUUGAUAUACUUGAACAAUUUAAUAUGUACAGUUAGUUUAUUCCAGAGUAGUACAUAAGUAUUACAUUUUACUAGGGGUUGUGACAACAUUAUUAAACUUUGUGUAUAUAAAGCCAGGUGUCUUAGCUAUAUAUAUUUCCAGUCUUUUCACUUCUAUGAUACUGUGAACUUCUAAAAAAUACAAUAAAAAUGAAGAAAGAGGAAGAAGAACAAGAGUUGAUUGUCCAGAGACCCUACCUCGUAAAAGUUGGGGAACAACUGGGUUUACAACUGUAACCUCAGCAUUUAAGAGACUGAGAAAGGAGGAUCACUCAUUUAAGGCCAGCUGGGUUACACACUGAGGCCCCAUCUCACCGAGGGGGCUGGGAGAGCGUUUGUUUGUUUGUUUGAUUUUGGUUUUUGGGUUUUUUGUUUGUUUGUUUUUCCCUGUGAAAAGCUGCAUUUGAUCUAAACUUCAAAAGUGAGCUCUUCAUAUUCAUACUGAGUUGGAAAAUAUUGAAAUAAAUUUUGUUCUGUCUCAUCAUGCAUUGUAAGUUUGUAUUGUUCUAAAUACAAUGUUGUUUGUUAAAGCAUUGUAAUCUGUUUAUAUUGUACAAUCAAAUGUGAGGAAAUAAAAAAACUCUAGUCUACUUUAACAUGACAUGCAAAACAGAAAACUGGCCUAUACGCUCAGGGUGGUGGGACACACCUAUAAUCUUUGUAAUUGGGAGACCAACGCAGGAGGGUUCCCAUGAGUUCAAGGCUAGCUUGAGCUACAAAGUGAGACCCUAUCUCAUAAGAGAGGAGAAGACCUAGGAAAAAGAACAGAUGGGAAAUAUCCCUCUUUUAGUCCAUCAGUUGAACCAAAUUGUUCGUCAUUAUCAUUAAUGUUAGAACUGCUUCUUUCUGUUGGCAACUCUGGCAAGAUAACAGUAUUUAAAUUGAAUGGUAAUGAAUGGUAAUUUAAUUCACCAGUCACAGAAUGGUUCUCCUUUGUGUCAGUUGACAUAAAUCACCAGAAGAAAGACUAUAUAGUACAAGUUGUAUUAAGUAUGACAUGAUGAACUAUAGCCCUAACAAAAGAGCCUUCGAAAAUAAUUAGUGUCUCAGUAUAUCACUUGUUAAAAAAAAAAAAUACCUCAUUUAGUUACUCAGUUUUCACAAGCUGUUUUAAAAUGUGCUCUUCAAACCUUGUGUCAAAUUAACUUAAAAUUAUUACCAAAUGCCAUUUUCAAAAUGUUUGAUAAACUUCAUCAUUUUCAAGGUCA